AUCGCUACUGCUCCGCCUGCUUGCCGCCAUUUUAUCAAGAGUUUAUAACCUUACAAGGUUGAGCAAAAAAGCAAAGAGGAGAUGAACAAGAAGGAGGUGUUGAAGCUAGCGAAGGGGUUUAGAGGGAGGGCAAAGAACUGUAUAAGAAUUGCAAGGGAGAGGGUGGAGAAGGCGCUUCAAUACUCUUAUAGAGACCGCCGCAACAAGAAGCGUGACAUGCGCUCUCUUUGGAUCCAGCGUAUCAAUGCUGGGACCCGCCAGCAUGGUGUGAAUUAUGGUAAUUUUAUGCAUGGGCUGAUGAAGGAAAAUGUGCAGCUGAACAGAAAAGUUCUGUCUGAGAUAUCUAUGCAUGAACCCUAUAGUUUCAAAGCUCUCGUUGACAUCUCGCGAGCUGCUUUCCCCGGGAACAAGCCCUCCGCCGUCCCUCCUCUGGAAAACAAAAAGGGUCUUUCACUCCUCGUGUAACGAAAGCCGAUUCUCUCUCAAUUAUGGCUCUGUCUUUUACCUGCACUUUUUGUAUGAAUUUGUGAACAUGGAUUUCUCUCAAGGCUAAUGAGGUGUUUGGCAGAACAUGAUGCUUUUGAUUCUUAAAACUAGUGUCGGAAUUUGAAUGUUUUCCUUUGGGGGCAGAAAUGUUGGUGUUGGUUAGACGAGAACAUUAAUGGUGAGAGUUAUCUUUGAGUUGUAUUUCAAACCGCAGAAGAAAUGCUAAAACUAAUACGGAAUGGAACCGUCAUAUCUUGUGAGCAUUUCUUUUGGAAAAACUUUAUUUUUUUGUGUUAUAAUAUUACUCCCUCCCUCCCGUUGGAUUCUUAAGAGAGAACAUUUUACUAUGUUCAAAGAAAGUUAAAUACUCUUU